CGAACUGGAAAAACAUUAAACAAAGCUGUCUUCAUGUACGUUGAUGUUGAUGUUAUGUAGACCAAACGUUUGUGUUACCGAAGUAGUGCUUCAUUAUAUAAUUUUACAUAAAUUUACACCUAAUAAAACAUUAUUGAUUUUAAGUUAUGAAAUUAUGGCACAUUAAAAUAAUAUAUACGUCGCAUGUUAAAUUUUAUUUUUCACUAUUAAAACUCUUUUUAAGUAUAGUAUUACAGAUUGACUUAAAAUUAAUACCGUCAAAGAAAUAAUUUCUUAAUUAAUUUAAUGAGACUUUUUUUGUCAUUAGUUUUUACUUGCGAUAAAAAAAUAUUUCAAUAACAUAUUUGUUUUGUAGGAUUUCUCAUAAGUGUGAAAAUGUUUUUAGCUAUAUUUGUGUGAAAAUGGUGUCUAAAUAAAUAAUUAUUACGAAAAGUUUUAAAUUUGAAUUCUCAAUUAUUACGAAUAGUUGUUGAAUGUCAGUGAAGUGAAAUAGUGUUACCAUGGGCACAGAAAUAGAAAUACAGAAUUUUAUCAAUUGCACGCAACAGGUGCUAGGUCCAGAUUUGUCUUGGGACAAUUUAAAUGUCUCACAAAUACUAGAUCUACUGCCGAGUCAAAUUCUUGAAGACAUUAAUCUAAAAAUCAAUCUGGGCAAUUGUAUGGGAUUAGGAAAGAGGCCGUAUAGUCCUCCGUGGUGGGGUCAGUUGGCCUGGUUUGUCGUAUUCGCCGUGAUGCUGCUCCUAGCUGUGAUUGGAAACACUUUGGUUAUAUGGAUUGUAUUAGCUCACCGUCGUAUGCGGACAGUGACAAACUGCUUUCUCGUGAACUUAGCCGUCGCUGAUCUUCUCAUGGCAACUCUGAACGGAGCUCCAAACUUUAUAUUUCUUGUGACAGCUGAUUGGCCCUUCGGAUCAGUGACGUGUACAGCGAGCAAUUUCACCGCCAACUUAACUGUUUCAGCGGGAGUUUUCACACUUGUUGCUAUUACUGUGGACAGGUACGUAGCGAUAGUAAAACCGCUGCAACAUAGACUAAGUCGUAGCGUAGCACGAGCAGCGUUAUUUACAGUAUGGUUUGCCAGCAUCGCGCUUGCCUUGCCUAUACUACUCUACUCGGACACAUACACUAAAAAGUACAUAAACGGAGAACGAGAGAUUUGUUUUAUCAAAUGGCCAGAUGGUAGCUACCCCACGUCGCGGACAGAUUACUGUUACAAUCUCGUAUUUCUGGCAGUAACUUAUGUACUCCCCAUGUUUGUGAUGGUGUGGGCAUACGCUCAGAUGAGUGCUGCACUUCAAGGACGUACUAUAGGAGAAUGUACUCAUCAUCAGAUGCAGGUGGUCAGAUCCAAACGUAAGGUUGUAAGGAUGUUUGUGCUAGUGGUGGUGGUAUUUGCACUCUGCUGGCUUCCUUACCACGCUUACUUCGUGCUGGUGUACCACCACCAGUCAUUAGCAUCGUCACCAUUCGCUCAGCAUGUGUACUUGGCUUUUUAUUGGCUAGCCAUGGCGAAUUCUAUGUUCAACCCUUUAAUAUACUACUGGAUGAGUAACAAGUUUCGGCUAUACUUUAAGCUUGUGCUCUGCUGGUGCAUUCCUGCAAAGCCUUCGAUCCCAAACAACUCGACUAAGAAAUUUGAAAUGCACAAAUCUUUUUCAGUGAGUCAGCGACAUCGCGAGGUGUCGUCCUUCAGUCGAGCAUGA